AUGGCGCCGCCGUCGUCGUUGAGGAAACUCCGAGAGCUGAUGAAGGGCAAAUUGAGCCCCGGGGAAAAUUCCAUUAGGGAUAAGGAUGAGGAGAAUCCAGAGGUUGCGCUUGUUUCAAAGAAGGUGAACAAGAAGCGGAAGAAGCUGCCGGGUACCAAGAAGGGGGAAGGGCGCGACGUGGAUAGGCUGGUCCGGGAGGAGGAUCCCGAGGUUGUGCUCGUUUCAAAGAAGCUGAACAAGAGGCGGAAGAAGCUGCCGGGUACCAAAAUGGGGGAAAGGCGCGACGUGGAUAGGCUGGUCCGGGAAGAGGAUCCUGAGGUUGUGCUUGUUUCAAAGAAGCUGAAGACACAUCCGGUGAGUGAACCGAAUGCAUCAUCGAGGGAAUCGAUCUGGGAAUCCAGUGAACCGCUCACGGGUAAGAAGAGAAAAGAGGGGAAAGGCCACGCCGUGCUGGUCGGGCAGGAUGGUUCGGAGGUUGCUCCUGUGGCAAAGAAGUGGAAGCCAAAGCCGGUGGCAAAGAAGUGGAAGCCAGAGCCGGUGCCAGAGGACAUUCGCUUGAGUGCAUCAUCGACUGUUAUUGUUGCUUAUGCUCCAGACAUGCCACACAGGUAUGGACAUUUGCUAAGGUCGAUUACCUUUCUUCUGCCUUACAAGAGUGAUGGGACGGCAUAUGAAUGUGAUCCCAACAGAGUGAAAGAUCUGAUAAGUCGAACCAGAUGUGGUUUAUGUCUUUUCUUUCAGUGGGUUCAAAGAGAUAAGGAGAUGUUUUGUUGGAUAAUUAAUAUAUCGACAAAUAAUUCUACUCAGUUCCUCGUAAAUCCAGCAUUUGUAUCUGAAAUGUUAGAAGUGAAAGUUAAGCGUGCAGCUUGUGCUUUCUCAUUAAACUUCUGUAGUGAUAAAAAAUGGGCUGGUGUAAAGAAUGCUUUGGAGCUGGUGUUUUCUUCACCUCAACACAAGACAUCUGAAGCUCCUGAUAAUAUGUAUGUCUUCACAAGGAUAGAUGAUUGUGUCUACUUCAGAAAUAUAAAGAUUAAUGAUUUCCCCAAUAUUGCCGAAGGCGAGCCAUUGGAUCUGAAAGAGGUUGGACCUUAUUUUUGCCUGAAGCUUGUGGAUAUUCAUGGAGAGACUGAUGUCCCAUAUCUACCUUCAGAUGUUGUUCCACAAAAUAAGAUUAAAGUGUGUCCCAUUCAAUAUUGUAGUUUGUCACCUGAAUUGGGAUCUUGCAUAGCACCUCAUUCCCUCUACUUGAAUGACGAAAACUAUACGAUCCUUAUUGAGAAUGGUCAUGAUUUGUCAGCAUUUGAGGGUUAUAAUGUUAGCCUUGAGGAGUUUCUUGCAGAGCAACCGUUAUUGAAAAUAAAACAUAUUGUUGGAUCAAAAACUGGCGAGGAGUGUUUGUUUGUGAGAAACAUUGCCAAGUAUAUCAUCAAAUCCAUCCUUGCAUACCUUGUUAAGCUCUUCUCUCGUGACAAAUGUAUCAAAAUGAAGAUAAUAGGGCGCAAACAUAUCUUUCUGAAAGGGUCCAAAGUCAAAUUCUAUGGGGUGGAAUUUGUACAGUUUGAAGAAAAUCAAGCAGAAGACAAUGUAGUGUGUGUUGUUGGGUUAAUAAGUGGAUGCUUCCCUGAAGACCUCAUCCCUAGUGAUUUAAGUGAGAUGCUUGAUCUUUUGCUAUCAGAUCCUCUGCACAAUCUUGAAGCAGGGAAAGGUGAUUGCUCCCUGCUGUCAGCAAAAGAGAGGAGAGAACUCUUGGUUCUUUUGCAUACCGAGUACAUGACAAAUGUGAAACCUAUGUUAUGUGGUAAAGAUGGCGACGAUCCAAAUGGAAAUUUGGAAGAGUUCUUCGCAGGGUGCCCAUACAUAGAAACAUGGGUAGACACUAUGACAAAAAACACUUACCUAACUGAGGUCGCCAGUUAUAACUCGGUACUGGGGGUUUUGAAACUGGAGAAGAGAAAAGAGGAGAACAAAGAGAAGUUGGAGAAUGAAGAGGAUGACAAUAAAAAGCUAAUACAAAAAGGAGAGCGACAGUUUCAUGUUCUAAGAAAUUGUGAUGUACAUAUUCCUGAGAAGGCUGCAAAGGAUGGAAUAUGUCCAUUUCGUCUGACGUGGUGUGACUACAUCCGUACGUGCUACUUUCGAAAGUAUCUCUCCUUUGUGCAAAGGCGCAUGGAAUCUUAUCUAAAGCCGACAAGGUGA